GCUGGGCAAAAACAAAACAAGCAAACAGCGUAUGGACCUUUUAAUGUGAGACGAAAUAAACAAAAUGUUAAUACCGGGAGCCUGGCAACCUUUGAUGUUUCGAUCAAACAUCUACUUUGAGCAUAAUAUAGCGCUGGGUGUCAGCAAGCUGUUCACCGAAAGUUCAUUUAACUACAGAUUUGCAGACCCAGAGCGAUUGAAUCAUGGAUAAAGACAAGGAAGUCGAGAUCAAGGCAGGGGAGUCGGAUGCCGAAGCUCUGGACAGCUGGGAGACCUUCCACGAACGCAUCGAUUCCCUGAUCGUAAACGAGCACUGCGAUGCGCCCAUACGCAAACUGGACGAACGUCGCCGGACCAUACUGGGCAAGGUGCGCAAUCAGUUCCAAACCGCACCGAAGGGCACAGCCGAGCGGUGUGCGACAGAGAAGCCACUGAUCGAUCAGCAGCUGGAGCUGUCCAGCCAGCGGCUAGACGAGCUGGUACGCUUUGGCGACGAGCUCGUCACCAAUGUGCGUGUGGCCAAUGAGCGACGAGAGCUGAACCGGCGUAUGUUUGAGGCCACGCAGCAGGCGCAGACGCAGGUGAUGCUGCAGCGCGAGAGCAUCGAGACUAUGGCCAAGUUCGAGGACAUUAAGGCACGCUGGACGGAACUGGAGGAUAUCAACGAGCCGAUGAUGCUCUGGGACCAGAUUGAGGACCAAAAGAAGCGCAUCGCCGAGAUAAUGCAGCGCAAGGAUGAAAUGAUUGACGCCUGCCAGAGGGAGGUCGAUCGCAUAAAUGCCAAAUACGACUUCGAUCGGGAGCGUCAGGCACAAGACCUGUGCUGCCUGGUGGAGCGCGUUGACCACCAGGUGGAGGUGCUGAAGGAGGCCUACAAGCAGCAUCUGCAAAUGCUUCGCCACACCAUUGAGGAGGAGCGCCAGUUGUUCGCCGUCAGUGCCGUGGAAAAGUGGCGCACCUUCUUCGAUGCCCUCAACAAGAACUUUGACGAGAAGGCCAAUCUGGUGCGCACCCGCCAGCAGUUCUAUGCCAAUCAGACACAGCACAUCAACGCCUCCCAGGAGGAGUUGACCAAGAGCACACGCAUCCGCCUGGACAAAGAGUGCGAACGCUUGGAGCUGGAGCUGCGACGCACGCGCGAUAACGUGCUAAUGAACUCGGAGAAGCUCGACUACAACUAUCAGGUGCUGCAGAAGCGCAACGAGGAGAACGUGAUCAUCAACAAUCAGCAGAAGCGGCGGGUUUCCCGCCUCUAUGAAUCGAUUGGACGCAUUCGUCGCAGUCUGAAGAAUCUUUAUCUUACGGGCAAGCGGAACAUAGAUCGCCUGUCCCAGGAUAUCUAUAAACUGCACGCCAAUAUUCACGAUAUGGAGCUGAAGGCCCACCAGGCGCGCCACAACAACAAGGAGAAGUUCAACCGCAUUUGGGAGAUCAACUUUAAGGAGCUGAAUCUGCUCGUGGAUCGUGUCUAUCACAUCGACCGCAUCAUUCACGAGCAACAGCUGGCCCUACCCUGGAAACGUCCCAUUCCGCCGAUUGAGAACAUCAACAAGACGCGCCAGAAGCACAACAACGUCUUGGAGCGAUUCGAUUUGCGUAUAGGUCGGGUGCCUAAGAACCGCGUGGUGAACAAGACUGGAGGCAAGUUAAAGGCGGACAUCAAAGAGCUGCCAGUUGAGUCGUUGCGCCUGAUGCGGAACCUGGUCCAAAAGCUGGCGGACCGAGGUGGCUUUCUCAUAGAGCAGCGGCUGAUCAAGAUACUCGAGCCCUAUUCGGAGGAGGACAAGUGCCUGGUGCGGCUGGACAACAUAUUCGCUGCACUGCGAAUUCAACGCCUGUCUGAUGUCCACGAGCUAACCCAGGUCUUUCUGCCCUAUACUUACUGUCCCAACUGCCAGCCCGGCGGACUGAGUCCGCGCAAGUGUGCCGAGGUCUUCAUGAAGCACCAGACGUCCAGCCGACUGGACCCGGACGUGCAGGCUCAACUGGACGAUGGAGAGCUGCAUCGCCAAGAGGAGCCCCAUAUGGAUACGUUAAUGGUGAAGGGUUAUGAAAUGUCCAAAGUCUGCAAGAAUCACUAUCUGGUGAUGGAGCCGGCCCUGUGCCUGCACGCCUUGAAUCUGUACACGACGAAGAUGCACAAGCAAAUGUACCACAACGUGCCCGGCCGCCAAUCGAUAGCUGUCAAUUUAAUCCAGUUCUCCGACGAUGAUAUUCGCCAUUUCUGGCGCAAGUUUAUCGGCUGCUUUUCACCGGCCAAGUGCAAGCUGUGGAAGACCCUCGAGCAUGGUCUCAAUCACUACGUGGAGGUGCUGAAGAUGCGCGUCCAGUACGACGGGGAGGUUGUGUUCUUGCGCCGCCAGAACGAAGAGCUGCGCCAUCUGCUGCAGAAGUUGAAAGUAUAAUCUUUAUUGUUUACCAUACUCAUAUCACACACACACAC